UAUAAGAGUCAUUUGACAAGUGACAUUUGUUACCCAAGUUAUCGAAAUUAAUACUUUUGUUGUUAUAUUUAAUAUUAAUAAAUAUAUUAAGUCAUGCCUACCGACGCUGUUUGGGUUAUUAUAACCAUUCCCCGCAAGGACUACGAGAGGGAACUCAAGAAAAUAAAUAUACAAAACUCCAAGAAUAAUAACAAUCUUAACAUUUCUAACGAUUUAAUAGAUUCAGUGAAAAAAAAGAAUGACCUGGAUAGCAAUAUGGAAAAGAUCUUAUCGGACGCAUUGGAAGAGUUGCAGAUUGAAGACGUGGUUUGGGUGCCCACGAAGAAUGGAAACUUCUUUCAAGUCUACUUUCCCUGCGAUUUGUAUGAAAACGAUGCUAUCAUGAGAUUCCUUCAGUCCAAAGGAAUCGGCACUAAAUCCGAGACAUCUAUCGGUUACAUACCUUUCAAUCUAUUCUUUUACGAAGAAUUCAGUGACACUGAAGACGAGGACACGUGUGACGAUAAUUAUGAUCAUUCACUUCCGGAAGAGACGAAUAAUAAUAAAUUUAAUUUACAUAAAAAGCCGAUAAAUAGUUUCAAAGAAGUGACGCAAAACUUCCUCAAAUCAGUCACUUCGAGGCUAACUGUGGCUCAAGUGGUCGAAGGCGUUAAAUCGGGAUCUGAAGUGACUUUUGAUUUCUGUGCCUAUACUAUAUUUUCCGGUUUUAUCGCAGCCUUUGGUCUCAUAAACAAUGAUCCGGUUAACAUCGCCGCCUCCAUGAUGAUUGAACCCAUUAUGGGAACAGUAAUGGCAAUGACUUUUGGUUUAGUAAUAGAGGACAGGAAACUGUUUAUGUUAGGCGUCAAAAGUAAUAUCAUUUCCUUAAUUCUUUGUCUCGUAAGUGGUUUCGCAAUGGGAUUAAUAAUCUUCAUUUGGAUGACGGAAUGGAAUCCCCCACCCGAUGGCAUUUGGCCGACGGGUGAGAUGCAGGGAAGGGGUACUUAUAAGGGACUCAUUUACGGUGUGAUGAUUGCUCUUCCAUGCGGUGGUGCUAUUGCUGUCACAUUGCUUAAUGACAAUCAGGCAGCACUGGUAGGUGUAGCGGUUGCCUCCACAUUUUUGCCUCCAUUCAUCAACACUGGUCUUCUGUGGGCUCUGACCACUCAUUUGCAAAUCAAAGGCAAUAGACAGCCAACACUUCCCUAUAAUAUUAGCGGUCAAAUAGUUUACACGAAGUUGGCGUACGUCCCACAGACAGGGUAUACACCCGUCUAUUCACAUGACAUGCGAAUAGAGAAUACACUAUUGGGUUGUGUGAGUAUGGCUUUGACUGCUCUCAACAUUAUUUGUAUGUUAGUCGUGGCAUAUAUUGUACUCAAGAUCAAAGAGAUCGUGCCGUUAGACAAGAUGGCUCCGGGAACUCAACGAUUCUUCAAACAUGAUAUGAGAAUCGCCCGUAAAUACAAUAGGAAAUCAAUGGCUGUCGGAAAAGAUGACCCAAUCGGCCAACAAAUUCUCGAGGAAUGGGCAGAAAUCUCAGGUCUCGAUAAGAAUCAAAUGAUGAAUGAAACUCCAGAAGCGAGAGAAACUCGAUUGCAGACACUCUAUGAUAUUGCUCAAGACGUCGAAUCAGACGAGACAUUCCAGACUGUUAUGAGUAAAGCCUUUGGUUUGGGAAGACGUUUGACACAAUCGGUUCUGUUUGAAGGAAUGGGUCCGAGGAAUAGUGUGGCGAACACACCGUUUCAAGUGUUGACUGUAGGACAGGAGGCACCAAAAGCGCACACUACUGGUCGACGCUUUACUAUUAAUCCGUUGCACAAACCGAGGGCCAGUCGCGCCAAUGUCUUGGAACGACUCAAUGACAGUUCCCCGUACUCCACAUCGGGAUCGGGUGUCCCCGCAAACGAGGAGGAAAGGCGUCGUAGCAGUAAUUUAUUGCGAAGAUCUCUUAGGAAAUCUAGUCAUUUGCCAUACAGUGUUUGGCCAACCAGUCAGCCCAACAAUAGAUCUAAUUCUGUUGUCAAUGAACUGGGAGUCCGGAGACGAACCAUAUAUGCGCCCAAAUUAGAGCCGCACUCAGAAUCCACUGGUUUUUAA